AUGUCUGGGUCUAUGACCCACAAUGGACCUCAUCUAAGAACCAGCUAUGAAAGAGUCUCAAAUGAUAAAGAUCUAAAGGAUCCCAGAUUCAGUUUGGAAACAGUCAAACCCUCUUAUAGUUCUUUCAUGAGAGUCUCAAGGAAACAAUCACGAGGCUCUUCAGCAUGUAGCAGGGACAGUAAAGACUGGGUGACGCUGGAUCACCUUCAGAGACACCCAAGCACAAAUGAAACUCUAUAUGUGACCCUGGAGGAGUUCCAUUUAUGGAAGGUCCUACAGGGAACACUGGAUUUGUCUCUCUGGAAGGUGAAAGUUGGCUGGCAACUAGUCCACAACUUAGCAAUCAUUUCCUUCUUUGGUCCCCAAAAAGUGGCCUCCGAUGCCAAGAUUGCCAUCAGCAAACUGAUGAUCCUUCUCAAUUCGACUGUGAGAAUGAACCUAUGGCCUGGCCUCAUCCAAGAGCAAAGAAGGAUGAGUGGUUUCUUCCAGAUUGGAGACAGCCUUAGUCUCUAUCUCUGGAAAGGAGAGGCUUCUACUUUCCGAGCCUGUGUUAGCAUGAGCCUUAGCAGUAGGCCACUGGACAGAGAGAAAGAGGUCAAAACAGUCCCCAAGGUAAGAGUGCUGAGGCAGCAUAUCCUGAAUGAGAGAGGUAUUCCUCAGGUCCUCCUAAAAGUGGUGCUGUCAUCCUCCUGGACUGGGCAUAGCUCAAGAAAGAAACGGGCUUCUAUGGAUGAAAGCCAGGAGCUGAUGGCCAGCGCUGUCACUUUGGCCCUACAAGCUGUGUCCCAGGAGAAAAGUGCUUCAUUGGUGAUCCACCCCACGGGCCCAGCAGCCCUCGCAAAGGGGAUCACUCUGGGAGUCAAGGAGUUUAAGAGCAUGCAGCCCACAGGGAGCUGCAGCAACCUGAGGAAUCUGACGAUUGCAGUAAAUGAUAAUGACUUUGUAGCUGAAUGUGAGAUGGAAUGUUGUAGGUGGUGGCCCCGUGGAACAGAUCACCAUGACCUUCUUCCCUACGUCAUGAGUUCCUGGGAAGCUGUAACAACCCAGGUGGUGUUUGGAAGCCUCAUUAGCCAGAAAGUCAUUCAACAGGUGGUCUGGAGCUGCCUGAACAAUUUCCUUGGCUCUUUUCUGGAAUCCAUCUCCUUUCCCAUGUUAGAACUGGAAACUCCUGGGAAUUCCAACACCUUGCGCAUUAUGUUGGAAGAGAUCAAUAACUUCUUAAAACAAAAACCAAAUACGUGGAUGAAGCUAGUGCAGAUAGUUCAGCCCCCAAGAGCAGCUACUCUUCAGAAGGUGACUGAAGAUUUCAAGACCCCUUUUGAGGCUGUUGGUAUCUGUCAGAAAGAAGACCGUGCUUUUGUCCAAUACCUUGAUGACUCUCCAGCUGUUUUCCAAGAGUUUGAAGAUGAUUUAAGGAAGAUAGGCUGUGUCUUCAAAACUUGUGCUUCUUUGGGAGUGCUUAAAUUUAUAGCAGAAGAAGAACACCUAGAUCCAUCUAGCUGGGAGAAAGCUGUGGAGGAUACUUUUCAAGAAAAUAAAAAGAGAUAUGCUGUUCACUAUGAGUCCAACUCAGAUAUUCUAAAUGUUUUGAAGAAACAACAAUCAUUAGUGAAGUCUUUUCCAACCAUACAAGAAUAUGAAGGCCCUUGCUUUGUGGGGCCAACUGAAGCACUGAAGAUGUUUCUACAAUGUGUUCAGGAAAUGGCUUUCAAUGAAAAGCCAUUGUGUGUGGAACAUCCCAUUCUCCAUCUUCCUAUAUAUAUGGUGGUCAAAAACACAAUAAGCAAGUUGCUACCCCUUUCUCACUCUCCAGUGAUUAUAACCUUAGCAGAAGAUCCUUUAGGUAUGAUCACUUUUCAGGGCCCCCAAAAGGAUGUGCUUCAGGUGGAGAAGCAAUUUUAUAGUCUGCUGAGUGAUUUUAAGGACUGGCCAGUCUCACUUUCCCCAUUCCAAGUUCAAUUUAUCCAGAGCCUUCAGAAAGAACUCUUUAAUCAGAAUUUUUUCCUUGCUCGAGAUGUUUCAGCAGUCCUGAACACUUCUGAUGGAGUUAGGAUUGGGGGGCUUGACUUUGGAGAACUGGUAAAAGCAGAAGAAUUACUGAAGAUCCUGGUUUGUGAGAGGAAGGUUGAUAUAGGAAAAGAGGUCCAGUGGGCAGCCAGUGGCCCAGAAUGGGAAGCUCUACUCAUAGCACUAAGAAGUCAAAAGAAAGUCACUUUUUAUAGUGUCAAAUCACAGCAAGAUAUCUUGACUUCAGUGGUCAUAGUGGGCAUUGGGGUUGAAGUAGCUGAGGCAGAGACCCAUAUUAGGGAAUAUUUGAUAAGUUAUUCAAUAACUGAAGACAGAGUUAUUUCCCCACGAUCAGAGCUGGCAGAAGCCAGAGAAAAUCUGCUUCAGAUAAUGAACUGGGGAGACUUAAAGGUGAAUAUUUGUGUUCAGACCACCCAUUCUACUUUAACCUUGACAUUAAGAGGACUGAGAAGACAUGUAGAAGAGGCUAGAGGAGUUGUUCAAACUGAUUUAGAUUCAUUGACUGUGAGCAGCAUCCCUGUAAGGCACAGAGGAAUACAACAAUAUCUUUUGAGGACUGGAGCUACAGUUCUUCUCACGCUUGCUGAAGAACUCCAGUGUUUGGUAAAGAUGCAAGUGCCAGAGGAAACUACAACUGCUUUGCUCUCUGAGGCCUCAGCCUGUAGGGAGGAGAGUGAAUCGACAUCUGUCCAUCAGCUCCUGGAGGUUCUCAGAAGAUACAGAAAACAACAUUUUACUCUUGGUAAAGGUGACUCUCCACUAGGACUGGUUCAGGUAUUGGGUAGAGAGGUGAAUUUAGCAAAAUUUCAGGAAGCUUUUGAGGACUUUAUGAAUGGAUAUUAUAGUGAAACAUUCAACAGUGACAAAAUAGUCACUCUCAGUGAAGACUGUCUUCAAGAGGUCUUGCAUCAGGCCUACUAUUUCCCUCUCAAUCUGCAUCGUCAUGGGAAUCUCUUACAGAUCCAGGGCUUUCAGGAAGAUGUGAAGAAAGCCGCCACUUCUGUCCAAACUCUAAUCCAGGAAGCUCAGGUCACAGAUAGAGUAGCAGAAGCCUUGAAAUCAGUGGUUCAGUGGCAGUAUGGCACUGGGGACAGGAGUCUUUCCCCAUUUGACAAAACCACAAACUUAAAGCUGGAAGCAGCAUAUAGGAAGGAAGAGGAGAACAUUGAAAUCAUCUUGGAUUCUAGAAGAGCCCAGGUGAACUUGAAGAAGAGGGAAGGUUUGGUGCCAGACACAGGGACAAUCUUUAAAAUAAAGCGGGAAAUCUGCAUAAGGGAGAUGAGCAUCCCUCAACAUUGGGAACUAAUGAAUGAUGACCUGGUGAAGAUUGUGAAACUCUCACCAACAGUGCCGGAGUACCAGAGAGUAGCCUGGAAUUUCUGUCGUUCCAUGAAGAAGAAUUUCAUCGUUAAGAUAGAAAGAAUACAAAACCCAUACCUCUGGAUGUCUUAUAUUCAUAAGCGCAACUGGAUGGAGAAAAAAAAUCCCCCAGGAGUACAGAAUGAGCAAUUGCUCUUCCAUGGAACACUGUCACAGAACUGCUCAUCCAUCAUUGAAAAUGGGCUAAAAAGUGCCUUUAGGAAAAAUGGAAUGUAUGGCCAAGGGAUCUACUUUGCAGCAGAUGCUCAGAUGUCCUCCCAUUAUUGUGGAAAAGGGCACCAAGGAUGCAGGUUUAUGUUCCUGGUCCGUGUCCUUACUGGAGUGUAUGCUCAAGGUAAUGCAUCAAUAACAUUACCUCCAAAAAAGCCAGGAGGAGGGAGAUAUGACAGCUUGGUUGACUCAAUGGGUAUGCCAAAGAUAUUUGUAACCUUUUUUGAUGACCACUCAUACCCAGAGUAUUUAAUCACAUUCUGAUCUGGUAUGGUUUUGUCUAGAGAAUCUCUAAAACUGCUCCUUCAGUA